CAGCCGGGAGUGUGAAUCUAUUUAUAGCAACAUUUCGGCGUGGAACGCGUUGUACGUAAACACGAACACCGAAGUGCAAACAAUAGCAGCUGUAGAUGGGUAGCCAUCUCACUUGUGCAGAAGAAGCACGUGGCGGUCAGUCUUCCCUGAAACACCCAAGAAGAGAUGGCGCUGGUCAUGCCAGACACUGGAGGAUGAACAGUUCACUCGUCUGUGAAGAUUGGCCGUGCCAUCAAGUGUUUCGACUCUGGACCUUGUCUCACAGGGGUGUUGAUACACAACACGAUUCUGUCAAAGGAUACGAAUUGAACGAAAACGAAAAAAUCACUAUCCAAGGAUUCAUCGAUUCUCGUGUACGCAAAGCAGCCCACCUCAAACUAUUGCAGUGACAAUGACGGCUAAUCCAACCACGGCUACAGGAAACAGCAUCAAACCCUUCGCUAUCCGAAUCAUCGUCAAACCUAAGGUCGAACAUAACGUCAAACUCAACGUCAUUUGUAACAGGACCUGCAUAAACAGUGUGUAUGUUAAGGCUUUGUCAAUAUUUUGAUAAUGAGAUGUUUAAGAGAUAUUCAGUCGCAGGAAGACGAGGAGACGUGUUCCAUAAUGUGAUAUAUACACUUCGGUCUUGCCGUGAAGAAGAGCAGGAGGAAAGAUCCAACUGAGUUAUUCCGAACUGGAAAGGUUUUUGACAAAUGAACAAUGAAACGAAACGUGACAAAAUGCCUGACGUCUUGUGUGACACCGACUGUAACCCCGGUGUCCAUGCCGACAAUGGCGGCCGGAAUGUGCAUUGUUUUUCUCACCAGCCUUGUCGCCAACUGUCUUGUAAUUGUCGUGUUUAUCCUGAGACCCACACUGCUGUCCCUAUCCAACAAAAUUGUUCUAAACCUCAUUCUGUGCAAUAUUCUCACAACAAUCCUCAUCAUGCCUGGGGUAAUCAUCACCAUGGCAACAGGAUCGUGGUUGCUGGGAGACGUGUGGUGCCAGGUGUCAGGGUUUCUUCUGAAUGUUCUGUUUGGUGCCAGCAACCUGACCCUAUUGACGGUGAGCGUUGACCGUUACUUCGCCAUCGUGUCUCCCCUUCACUACAAGCUCCGCGUCACCCCCUCGCGGUGCACCGCCGCCCUGAUGGCGGUGUGGAUGCUGUCAGUGUGCGUGUCGGUGCCCCCGCUCCUGGGGUGGAGCCACAUAAGCUUCCAGGACCAUAUGAUGCUCUGCACCGUCCAGUGGUCCGGUCCAAAGGUUGUGGACCGGUACUACGUUGGGUGUAUAACCUUACUGUUCUUCCUCGUGCCCCUGACGGUCAUGUUAUGGACGUAUGUUGUCAUCUUCUGUGCCGCUAGGGGAAACAGUCAACGCACGCGGCGGAACAGCGUCCUACCAGCGCCGACGGAGGACGAGAGUUCUAUGCGAAUGGAGCGUCGGGGAAGCGGCUCUGUGUCGACACUUCGUCGUCUGAGUUCCGGCACCAUCCGGCUUGGGCAGCAGCUGGCCCAGAAACAGGGCUGGAAGGCGGCGGUGACCAGCUUCAUCGUGCUGCUGUCCUUCCUGGUUUGCUGGCUGCCCUAUGUGUGUGUGAUAGUCCUAGAGGCGGCCAGGAGUCCAGCGACCGUGAGCAGGUACGCGGGGACGAUCAGCAUCCUCCUAGCUGCCAUCAGCUGCACCGCGAACCCGCUCGUUUACGUGUUCCGGAGCCGGACCACCCGGACUGUGUUGACGCAGUUUAUAGAGAGACAGACGGUUGUCCAGGACAUUGCAGGCCAGGUGGAAAGUAGACGACAUUCCGAUGUGUCAGACAUUGCCUCAUCCUCCUUAACACUGGCUCGUACAGCGCCACCGGUGUCACAGUCCUCCACACUCACUCUCCCUGGAACUUCCACGACGUGAUGAUAUUGGCAAUAUUGGUAGGUCCCGUUGUUGAUAUUGGUCAUAUGUCCCGUUAGGGAUCGACCAUUUGAUAUUCGGGAGGGGGAGAAGGAAGCUGGGACUUUGUAUGGAGAUUCUUUUGUUCAGCUACAGCUGCAAAACCUGAUAUAUUUUAUUUAGGAUGUAUGAACCUAAAAUCAUUUUUUAUAAACACCUUGCAACAAUGUAUUUUUUGUGGCAGACAUUUUUUUCCUUUCAACAAUCUGAAGCAUAAUUAUUUUUUAAAACAUUUUCUUGGACUAUAUAUUUUUCAAUACACCCAGGGUAUCAAAUGGACGGUCCCUCACUAGUGUUCUCAUUGGCCGUUUGUCCCGCUAAUAGUGUUUCUAUUGACCAUUUACUUGUGUUGAUAUUGGCUAUGUGUCCCAUUACCAGUCUUGUUAUUGGCCAUGUUUCCCAUUACUAAUGUUGAUAUUAACCAUUAUCUAGUGUUUAUGCUGGCCAUGUUUCCGAUUAUUAGUGUUGAUAUUGAUGAUGUUUCCUUCCCAUUACUCGUGUUCAUAUUGAUCAUGUUUCCCAUUAUUAGUGUUGGUAUUGAUCAUGUUUCCUUCCUAU